CCGGACCCGCCACAGCCGCCCUCCUCGCGGAGGAAGAGGAGCGACCCCGCUGGUCCGGAGCGAGCGGGGGAAGGGUCCGGCUUCCCCGCCCCUGGCCGGGUCUCCGCGGCGACGGCGCCUUCCUCCAGGAGGGAGGACGAGGGAGGGGCGCAGGGGGACUGGAGGGGGGAGACGGGGGCAGGGGGAGUGAAGUUCGUGCAGCUGAUCGAUGAGUCCGGGGGCUACGCCACCGCCAAGCUCGUGCCCUGCCUGGGCGACGACGACGACGACGACGACGACGACGAGGGGGGCGGAGGCGGGCUCGGCGGACGAGGCCAGGGAAGGGAGGGGGGAGAGGAGGAGGAGGAGGACACGGAGGACGAGCUGGGGGCGGUGGAGAUCCGGGAGGUGAUCGUGGACGGGGACGACGACGACGACGAGGACGACGACGAGAGCGACUCGCCCCCCCCCGGCCCCCCCGGCCCCCCCGCGCCCAAGCUGUUCCAGUGCGGGGCCUGCGGGAAGGCCUUCAAGCGCGCGUGGGAGCUCUUCAGCCACGAGGUGGUGCACACCGCCGAGCGGCCCUACCAGUGCGACGCCUGCGGCGCCACCUUCAAGCGCCACUCCGACUACAAGAGCCACCGCAUGGUGCACACGGAGUCGCGGCCCUUCCGCUGCGAGACCUGCCACAAGGCCUUCAAGCGCUCCUCCAACCUGCAGGAGCACCGGCGCAUCCACAGCGGCGCGCGGCCCCACCUCUGCCCGCCCUGCGGCAAGCGCUUCAAGACCCCCUACGAGCUGCAGCGCCACGCCCUGGUGCACGUCACCGAGCGGCCCCACAAGUGCCAGGACUGCGGCAAGGACUUCCCCACCCCUGGCACCCUGCUGGCCCACCGGCGCCAGCACUGCGACGACAAGCCCCACGUCUGCCCGGCCUGCGGGAAGAGGUUCACCUACGGCCACAGCCUCAAGGUGCACGAGCGCGUGCACACCAACCAUCGCCCCUUCGUGUGCCCGCUGUGCGGCAAGGCCUUCAAGCAGUCCAACGCCCUGGCCAGCCACGAGCGCGUGCACACCGGCGCCCGGCCCUUCGCCUGCCCCACCUGCGGCAAGGCCUUCAAGCAGAGCUCCUACCUGGUGAUCCACCAGCGCGCCCACACCGGCGAGCGGCCCUACCGCUGCCAGACCUGCGGCAAGGCCUUCGCCCGGCCCUCGCUGCUGCUGCAGCACGCCCGCGUGCACAGCCAGGAGCGGCCCUACCAGUGCGGCUUCUGCCACAAGCGCUUCAAGGACGAGGCCUACCUCGCCGUGCACGAGAAGGUGCACACCGGCCAGAGCCCCUACCAGUGCGGCGUGUGUCACAAGGGCUUCGCACACCCCUCCAACCUGCUGCAGCACCAGAGAGUGCACCGAGACUGAAGGACACACUGGACA